AGGUGUUCAAAAGAAUCAAGAACCUGAUGUCAUACCACGAGCCGAGCCUCAGAGUCCUGGCACUGGAUGUUAUCAGCUACGGAUGUCAGGAUCUCAUGGAUUAUGAGAGUAGGCGACUUGAUACUAGAUAUUUUUUAUCAAUGUUAAUAAUAUGAAUCAUGUAAAAAAAAUUUGUUUAAUUUAUUAUCAUAUUCCACCCAUACACUAAACUGGAAAGUGUAAGGAUAAGAUUAUAAUUAAUGUUUUAAUAAUUGUAAAGCGCUUAGAGCUUUAUGAUAAGCGCUAUAUAAAAAUGCCUAAAUAAAAUAAAAAUAAAAUAAUGUGAACAAGAGCAACAAGGACGGCCUAAAUAUAUUGUCUUGUCAUUUUAUAAGCUUCCUGGUAUUAACCUGUCUGACUUUUAAGCUGUGUUUUACCUUCCUCGCAGGAGAGCUUCUGCCUCAGAUCCACCAACUGUGGCCAGGCUUGGCUUGUUUGUUUCAUCAUCAAGAGAAAUUUGUUGUCAUUAAGGUAUGCAAUUUGCUGUCAUUAAGGUUUUAAAUUUGUUGUCAUUAAGUUAUGCAAUUUGCUGUCAUUAAGGUAUGCAAUUUGUUGUCAUUAAGGUGUGAAACUUGUUGUCACUGAGGUGUGAAAUUUGUUGUCAUUAAGGUAUGACAUUUGUAGCCACUGUCUUAUGGAAACAUUAUGAACUGUCUUGUCCCCUGUUGUUUGUACGUACCCGUGCAUCUUGCAACCUCAUGGUUUACUGUUCUUAGCAUAGUGAUAUUUUAAGUAAAACAUUCACCGAUGUGAACAAUUAAUUUAUGGCCCUGACUGUACUACUAUUUAAUAAAUCACCUCGACUUACAACUCUUCUGUUGCAAAUUGUGAUUGUUUUAUGCCAUUAUUGAAUUGGACAUAUAAAUUAAUUGUAAGAGACCCAGACAAGUUAACUCCAAAGGACCCAGCCAAUGUUGUAUUUAUUUUUUUAGGCUAUGCAGACUUUACUUGCUCUAACCAAUCUAAGUGGGGAUUUCAUCAGGUCAAGGGUCAUGAAGGAAGUUGUUCCAGGUGUUGUCCAGUACAUGGAGAAACAAGGAAACAUAAGGUUUUUAACGUGUACAAUUAACAUAGGCAUUUUAUUGUUAUGCCACCACAUCACCACAUGCAAUGUAAUGUGUCAGGCCUUCAUAAAUGUUAUUUUUUGUUGGUUCCAGUCUUUUAUUUUAAAAAAAAUAUUAUCAUUUUUUAAUUUUAAGAUGCUUCCAAGUGCAAUCAUGGUGUUUACUAUUUAUGUCCAAAUAACUAUAAAUAUUUAUGUCCAUGUAACUGAUAGGUGGAUAAAUGAAGUAAAAUGUAAGCCAAUUUGUGUAAUGUGUAUAAAUAUAUUGCAGCUCUGAGAGCAGAUCUGCUUAUCUUCACACCACCAACUACAAGCUACAGUUGUGUGUUCUCUCAACACUUGGACCCCUUGCAAAAAAUGUAAGUUGAAAAAAAAAAAUAAUAAAAUUAGUUAUUUUUUAUUAUACUUAGGUUAAAACGUGAAUAGUUACUUCAAUAUGUUAGCAUUUCUUUUUACAAAACAAAGUGUUAAUUAUGAUGUUAUAAAUUGUUACUCAAAAGUUACUUUUCACUUACACAAUGCACCCAAAGAAUUUAAGAAAUUUAAAAUGUUGCAAUGAGCAGACUUAACAUUGAAUAGAUAUUUUUUUUCUAACUUUAAAUAAUGAGAAUUUCAAGAUCUACAGUUUUGAUUGGUUUUUAUAGUUGUAGUCUGGGUCAGCUGUAAUUCCUGUGAACCAUUAUAUUUUAAAAUAAUUCCUCAUCACAACAAUUUUUAUUUCACUUAACAACAUUUCUUAUUUGGAUUCCAGCUUGCUUUAGAUGGGAAUGAUUUGAAUACAUUGGUGAACAUCUGCCUUCCAUAUUUGUCUGACCUUCAACCUUUGCCUCUGCAGAAUGUAAGUAUCUGUAAAUGUGGUGCGCAAUCUACAGAGGACAUGCACACUACCAUGCAAUUUAUAACCACCAACCUACUAAAUUAAUUAUUUAGGAAAUGAUUUAUUUAUUUAUUUCAAAAGGAGGUCUUGAUUUGUGGAGAAUAUGUCAUUCUUUGCACUCAUUUUUGGCCCAUAAGAGAAUAAUAAAUGUAUUUGCUUUAUUGUUGAAAAGGCUUUGCAUCAUUAUUUUGAAUUCACGUUGCAUUCAAAUUUUAUAUCCAAUAUGUUUAAAAUAUUUAGUCAUACUCACACAUAUUGUAUUAAUACAACUUUUCUUUAAUUUUAUUUGUGCAUCAUGGGUAAUAUUAAAGAUCAUAAUUGUAUAAUUGUUUCACAAAACAUGUUUCCAGGCUGCGGUUGAAUCAUUCUCAAUGUUCAUAGACCUUGACCCUGAUGCCCUGUGGUACACCUUGUGUGAGGUUUACUGUCCAGUGAUGCUGACUCCACCUGGUUCUGAGUUUCUGUCUAUUAGUGUGAGUUCACUUAACCCUCUUAAACUCUACACUUGGUGGAUAAUACAAAAUCCCUAUAAACAUAGUAGUUUAUAAAUUUGAAUUUAAACGGCAUAUUUUGUUUUAACAUUUCUAUUUAUUUCUUCAACUUUUGAUAAUUCCUUUAGAAUUUAGAAUUUUAAGCUAUUUUUCGUGGGGAAGGGGGGGGGGUAGUUGCUGAAUGUUCUUUUCUGGUCCAGAAGACUUAUGUUUAAUCUAGAUAAUGUAAGUCCAGAUAAGACCCUUAAAAUUACAAUUAUCUUGUUGCUCAGAGAAUGAAAUAAGCUGUGGUAAUGGAGAAUAGAAUACACAAAAAUCAGUAUGGCAAACGUGUUAAAUUAAUGGAAAAGUCAUGUGAUACUUCAUUAUAAUACAUGUUGUGCGUACAUUCAGCUAAUUUUUUUUUUUUUUUUUUUUUCAGUUUCCAUAUGGCCCAAACAAACAAAACAGAUUUUCAACAAAAAUCACUGAAAUUUUCAAUGAGCACUUUUUAUGAUCAUUUAAACAAAUCAAUCCCUUGUUGUGCGUACAUUCAGAUAAUUUUUUUUUUUUUUUUUUUCAGUUUCCAUAUGGCCCAAACAAACAAAACAGAUUUUCAACAAAAAUCACUGAAAUUUUCAAUGAGCACUUUUUAUGAUCAUUUAAACAAAUCAAUCCCAUUGAAUACUAGUCAUUCAACUGUGCACAUCAUUUUCACCAUAAUUAAACUCUGAAUCACUUCAUUUAUUCUUUUUAUGUCAACUCUUGAAAUAAAUAAAUAAGAUUAUUGUGAUGGUUCGAUUCAGUGAGCUAAUGGCAUUGUAUCAAAAUGUGUAUGAGUGCAUGAAUAUAUGAUGUAUAUUUUAUACAAAUAUUGAUGAAUAAGUGUGACUUGAAUUCAAAUGUAACUACCAAGUCUUUCUUCACAGGGGCCUGUAUACUUUUGUGUAGCAAUUAAAUGACAACAUUUAUUUAUGCAAUCGGCAACAUUUUUUCUUUAAGUCACCCAAAUAGAAACUUUUCUUGAAUAGGACAAACUCAAGAAAAGACCAAUGAUUGGUUAGACUUCAAUGAAAAAUUUUAUUUUGUAAAGAUUCAGAACUUUUUUAGCACUAAUUAAAAACUAUAAUUUUUAAAGACUUAAAUUUUUCAAAGUGGCUAUAGGGACCUGGAAAAGAGUGAGGGGUUGGGUUUAUUCGGGCCUGGGUGCCUAUAGACUAAAUGCUAUUUGGAUGUUAUUUGUGGUAGUUUAUUUUAGUUAAACUGAAGAAGGAAUUUUACAAACAUAUAGUCCAUUCAAUUAUCUUUUAUUUGAUACUGAAUUUUGUUAUACAAACCCAACAAUAAUAUUUUAAAUAUUUUUUAAUAAACCCAACCUCUCACUCUUGGAUCCCGGGACCGAAUAGCCGCAGCCUAAAUUUUUACUAUUUGCUUUUCCAUCUUGUUUGUUGUAAUUUUUUUUUUUUACUCACGUCAAACAUUGUUCAGUUUAUCUUUUUCUUGUGCAGUGGUCACCUGAAAGUGAAA